AAACAAAGAUCUAAAUUAAAUGUUCCAUUUUUAGUAUUUGUAAAAUUAAAGAGUCGAUUUGAUAUAACACUGAACGAACACUACCUCCCUGAGAAUGAAAGUCGCUAUAGUAAUAUUUUUGUUAGUUGGAGCUGCUUGGGCACAGAAUUGUAACACCGGGGCGGACUGCACAGAUGUCGACGCUCCUAGAUGCUGCGUCAGUACGGAUAGACCAAUUGGAAAGCGCAGUUCCCUAGAAAAUAUACUAACUAUCGGCACUUGCCAGCCAAUAGGCACAGAAGAUUCUGGUUGCAUGGUGAGAAAUAACGAUGUAGACUACAAGUCAUCGGCUGUGUUUGUAAACUGUCCCUGUGGAGCGGGGCUAACUUGCAAAGGCAAUGGCAUCAUUGAUGUCCCCCUCGGCGAAAUAGGAACGUGCGCUAAGAAGCUAGUCAAGCAAUCCGGACUUUCAGUUAGAACAGCAGACAAGGGUCUUAUAUGUCCUGGGGUAGAGAUGACAUCGAUUCACACUCAUCAAAACAACCAUCGAUAA